CGUUCCCAUUCAAACCCUGCCGUUAUUUAUUUCCUCCCCUGCUUUUCCUCUCACUACGCACUCCCCCUGUUGACCUCCUUCUCUCCGCCUUCUUCUCACCCCGCUCCAACUCCCUCUCGCAUUCCACGAGAGCAAGCAAGAAACCAGGCAUGAGCUUCAGAGACCCCCCGGCCGCCUUCUCCGACACCGAUCUCGCCUCCUCCCCCACCAUCGAAGAGGAUGAUGAGGACGGGCGACGGAGCAGGAACGGGAGCGAGACAUCGUCGCUUGGGGCGGCGAGGGCGUCGGAGCCGUCGAGGCACUGGCGGGACGUGUUCUGGCUUUUGGUUUUCUUGGUCCAACUGGUUGCCCUCGGCUCGGUGCUCGCCCUCCUCGGGAUCAACCGGUUCCGGAAGGCGGACCGCCUCAAUAUAGAUCGCUUCACCAACAUCACCGGUAUGGGAAAUGCCAGCCAUCCCCAGGAGCAGCCACGGGGCGACUUGACGGAGACGUUCUGGCCUUUCUACGGGGUUGCGGGCGGGGUCGGGAUCGUGCUGGCGUGGGCGUGGCUUUCGCUUCUCGGCUCCAAGGCAAGUCAGAUGAUGAAGGUUUCCAUCCAUAGCCUUACCACCUAUCUGGCUGUGAUCAGUGUGUUGUGCUUCUGGGGCCAGCACGUCUUCUGGGGGAUUGCUUUCGCGGUCGGCGCUGCCCUGCACUUCUUGUAUGUGAUGUCGGUGUUAGAUAGGUUUCCUUUCACAAUGCUAGUGUUGCAGAAAGCUGUGAAGAUGGUUUGGGACCUCCCUGAAGUGAUGGGAGUGGCCUAUGCUUUUAUGUUAAUCAUGCUUUGCUGGAUGAUUUUGUGGUCAUUUGGAGUGUCUGGUGUUGUUGCUUCAAGCUUAGAUGAUGGUGGACGCUGGUGGCUUCUUGUGGUUUUCUCAGUGAGUUUAUUUUGGACUGGUGCUGUGCUUUGUAAUACAGUUCAUGUUAUAGUAUCUGGUAUGGCAUUCCUUGUUCUCAUUCAUGGUGGUCGUAGAGCUGCAUCAAUGCCUGCAAGGACAGUAUUGAAGUCACUACGAUAUGCUGUGACAACUUCUUUCGGUAGCAUUUGCUACGGUUCACUUUUUACAGCUGCCAUCCGGACAUUGCGCUGGGAGAUCAGGGGAGUUCGUUCAAAAAUUGGCAACAAUGAGUGUUUGCUUUGCUGUGUCGAUUUUUUGUUUCAUCUUGUGGAGACUUUAGUUCGUUUCUUCAAUAAGUAUGCAUAUGUUCAGAUUGCAGUUAAUGGAAAGGGCUUCAAUCGUUCAGCAAGGGAUGCCUGGGAGUUAUUGCAGUCCACUGGGAUUGAAGCGCUUGUUGCCUAUGAUUGUUCAGGUGCAGUUCUUCUGAUGGGAACUAUUUUAGGUGGGCUUAUUACUGGAACAUGUGCUGGAAUUUGGACAUGGUUUAAAAGGAGAGAUGAAGUGCUUAUGGUUGGAUCCACUGCCGCAUUGAUGGGAAUGAUCUUGGUGGGGCUGGCAGUGGUAGUCGUUGAAAGUGCAGUCACGUCAAUAUACAUAUGUUAUGCAGAAGAUCCCUCAUUAAUUCAAAGAUGGGAUGCUGAAUUCUUCCGCCAAUUGGCAGAAGCACUGCACCAGCGGUUACAGUAUCGAAGUGCACGAGCCAGAGAAGUCAUGAACAGCAGGCUUGAUCAUUUGCCAGAUACACCACCUCUAUGAACUAAAAUGUUGGAUCAAAACAGAUGCUCUCAUUCUUAUUCAUUUAUACAAAGAACUUAUUUUUGUCCAUAAGAGAAACUAACAAUUGAGGUCUUGAAUUUAGUGGUAUUUAGAUGCUGGUUCAUGGUGUUGAUUGGACA